AUGUUAUGCAUAUUUUGUGAAUUGUUAACAGCGAGAUUGAACAGCGUGAUUAUACUGGAGCAAAAGGUUCCGGCAGCGGUGCUAAAUGGUAGCGAGUACGUGGUGUUGGACUGCUUAUACAGAUUGAAUCCGAACAAGACCGAAGGGCUAUCGGUAACGUGGUAUUUCAACAACAGUCCCAGUCUCACGUACCAGUGGAUACCAGGCUUUGAGGUACAAACUAUGGGACCUUUGAAGUCACACAUCUUGGCGGGAUACAAGGUGAACACUGACGACGAGUUGGCUAAAUAUAGAGCCGUAUACAUCAUUCGGCCUACCAUCGAGCUUACCGGAAACUAUAAAUGCGUUGUGUCCACGUUUUACGAUGAGGAUUUUAUGAUCAAGAAGAUGACCGUUUACGGUGAGUUGUACACUUUGAUAUAUGUAUAUGAAUUUUUAUUUCGCACCAAAUAAAUGGUAGUCAAACCGACAUAUAUAACGCGCAAAACCAAAAUUACAUUCUAUAGAAACGAGUGGUGUUUUUUUUUUUUUUUAAAUUUUAAAAUCGAUCAUUAUAAUAAUUAUAAUUAUACACCUAAAUACUUUCUAAAGAAGGUUUAUUUAAUGAAAUUCAUUGGUAAAACUAUACUCGCAUUGUACAAAUAAUGUAAUAAUGUAUAAAUAUUUAUAUUUUAAAAUUAUACAAAAUAUUUAUUUUGAUUUUUUUUUAUUUUUAAAUUUCUGUAAAACCAUUUAUACCUACGUUGUUAUUCAGACUUAAAAUUGCUCAUCUUAAUUUGUUUUACACUAGUUACGAUCAAAAUUCAAAAAUAUAUAAAAUAACUAUAUUAUAUCAUUCUGUCCCAGUACUUGUUUUUAUAUCAAUUUAUUAUUGAAUGAGCGAUCGACGACGUAAAUAAAUUCAAAUGAUAGAUUUAAACGUUAAUUUCGUUAUCGAACCGUUGAACUAUCAAAAAAUGCUGUAAAGCCUUAAAUUUUUUGGGAUGCCAUAUUUCAAUAGCAUUUUAAAAUAUUAUGCAUUUAGAUAUAUGUUGCAAUAUUGCUCAUUAUUUUACUAAAUUAUGGUAAAAAUAUUAUCAUCAGCUAUGUCAAAAUAUGCCAAAUAAAAUCACCUUAUUGGUUUUCGUUUCUAGUAAAUAAUAUCUAUUGUAUCUUUUUAAGAUAGAUCUCAACAAAUUUUCUAAUUUGAAAAGAAUUUUGAUAUUUACGUAGUUCUAAUUAUUUUUAGAAAAUUAUUAUUAUUCAUUUUUUCUAUUUUUAAAUUCCAAUCAAAUUUGUAGGUCUCCAUAUGACUGAAAUACAGAGUCAGGUUACUAAAAAUUGUGUGAAUAAAAAUUUGUCAACUUCAAGUACAGAAUUUGUUGAUUUCCAAAAGUGUUUUUAGUUUUUAUCCAUUAUUUUAUCCUUCGAUAAGUAAUAAAUUUGAGUAUUUGACUAUUAUAAUGAUAUAUUAUACAUAAUAUAACGGCAAUCACGUAAUAAAAUACCGAAAAAUCUAAUUAGGGUUUCCGACUUUAAAAUCGUUAAAUUGCUGAUUCAGUGGUCUAAAUUUCCAAGUUUUGGAAGGUGUCACUCUCAUCCAUGCAUCCUUAUCUUCGGUCCUGCUGAAAUAUAAUGUUUAUUGACAAAUUUCAAUCAAUUCAAGUAUUAAAUUUGACGAAAUAUUCAAACAUCUUCUAAAAAAUCGAUUUUGUAUUUUUUAAUAAACGAUUUCUAUUGAAGAACAAAAUAUAUUUUAAGUACCUAGCUGUAUUUUGCUGCAUUAUUCGUUGUAUGCGAAAUUGAAAAUAAUAUUUUCACUUACACAGUUAUACUCAAACAGCAUGUAUUUUAAUAUUUGAUACAAUACAAUAAGAUAAAAAAUAUUAAUAUUGUUUCCGAAUAUUUUUUGUAUUACAAUUUUUUGUUUGGUGAGUCUUAUAACAUCACUUAAAAUAUAUCAAAACCUUGCAUCAACAUUAUGUAUUAUUGACUGACACAUAUUAAUAUAGUUGGAUUGUGAAGAAAAAUUACAUUGAAAAUACAUUAUUAUUGGAAUUUAUAUUAAUUAAAUAUUAUCAUUAUUUAACUUAGUGAAAUUAGUGAGAUUAAACCUAAAUGGUUUAAUGAUGUUUUUUUGAUAAUUCUGUUAAUUUACAAAACCUGAGAUACGCACUGUUAUAAUAUAAACAAUAUUAUUAUAAACAUUAUUAUAUUCCAUUAGAAUCUAAUCGUAUUUUGUUACUUAUAUUGCUUUCGUAUAAUGGUUCGUAUAUUGUAUACGCAAUAUUAAAUAUUUAAAUUUAUUUUCGAAUGCGGUGGUUUUCUGGUUGUUCAAAUAUAUUAUUAUUAUUCGGAAACUGUUUACUUUUUAAAUUCCCGCGCAGAAUUAUAAACGUAAACAUUAUCGUCUGGGUAACAUUUAUAUAUUAUUAUUGUUAUUAUUAUUUCCAUCACUUGUAGUUAUGAGAAUUUACCUAUUUAUCAUUCUCUCGCUGAAUAAUUUCCAGUACUUUUGCAAAUGCAAUGCUAUUAAAUCCUUAAUGAAUGUACAUCGUACAUACACUUAAACACGCAUUAGCUUAUUUCUAAUUUUUUUUUAUUUAUAUCGGCAUUUUUUACGGUCACUCUAAGUUAUAAUAUUAUUGUUGUUGUCACCGUUUUAAUCUAUGGAGCACUUAAACGAUCGAAUUAGCAUAAGGAAAAAAAAGCGUUAAAGUGUUUUAAUAAUGCUAACCUUCCGCUCUCUAACUAAACAGAAAAAGCGUCAAGUAUAUAACAGAUUAAACAAAUCAAUACGAGUUUAAUAUCGUCUAUAUAGGUGCUUAAAAAUUAUAAUCAAAAAAUUACAAGAAACCCAUUUUGUGGGAUUUGGUAUUUAGUUGGUGUAUUGAGAAAAUUAUUUUUUGACUCACUUUGAAUAACUUUUGAAUGUUUACCUAUUUUGCUAGACUAUCCUAAAUCCCAUUUACCGGGAACAUCUAUCCACCAAAAAUAUGAUGUAUAACAACUCCUACACUCGAAGUAUUGUUUGGGCAUCAUUGCGUAUUAAGUAUAUAAAGAAAGUUAAUUUUAUCAAGCACAACUAUUAAAGCACCUCUAAUAUAAAUUAUUGUUUCGAACAUAAGUUUUUAUCCUUUUGAAGCUAGAUAAUAUUUUUGGUGUACAUACUUGUAGAAACUGGAAGUAUACCUAAUAUUUUAAAAAUGAAUUGUAAAUUAGAAAAAAUAUUAGUAUUACAGUCUUUUAAAGCUUCAAUUCCAGUUUUUUAGAAUAUCAUUUGUUCGUUUUAAGUUUUGCUUUCCGAAAUUUUAAUCCAGCAAUUAAAUUAUUCACAUUUAAAGCAGGUGAAUAUAAUUCAAUUCAAGUAAUUUUCUAAAUGAUAUUUUCUCAUUAGAGGUUAAACUGCAUAGUUGGUUCUAGACCCUCUUGGCAGGGGGGGCAGACAAUAAUGUUAAAAUAUUAAAACUAUAUUUUCCAAAUUUUUAGGGUAAUUACACUAUUAAAAAUAAUAUUUUUUUAAACUAAAAUUGCCAUAUUUUAUUACUUCUAAGAAUUUAAGUUAUUUAAAAUAAUUACAGGAAUUUAAAAAAAUUAUAAUUUUGUUAUUUAUAUUAUCGUACACAAUUUUUAGGCACAUUAUAUGUUGAUACUAAAUUGAUAUUAUUAAUACAUAAAUAUUAUAUAUAAUAUAUUAUAUUAUAGUAAUACUUAUUAUUAUUAAUUUAAGUAUUUUACAUGAUUUAAAAGCUCUAUGCGACGUUUAAUGGCAUCGAUGUUUUAAAGCAGUGUUUCGCAACCUGUGGUCCGUAGACCACCGGUAGUUCACGAGACAUCAUGUGGUGGUAUACGAGAAAAUACCUGCAAUUUUUUUUUUAAAAAAAAUAUGAAUGUAAAGCGAUAGUGAUGGUUAAAGUUUAUUACAACGUAAUUUAUACAUUUAUAGUACAUAAUGUCACUUAUGAUUAUUUUACUUAUUAAAUAAAAAAAGUACAAAAGACAUCAAAAAUAAUGCUCUGUUUAGUAAACUGAAUAGUAGUCUUAAAUUGCGAUAUUUACUGAUUAUUUCGAUAAUGAUUUGAGCUAAGUUAAAACUUUGAACUAGACCAUUGACACAUUCAGAUAUAUAAAAUAUAAAAUAUGUUACUAUAAAAGGGACCAACAAUAAAUCAACAGGAGGAGCAGUUGCAUACUCUGUAGUACUGUCUAUAGGUUAUAAUAUUGGAAAACAAACUUUGAAAUCCUAUAAAAUAUGCUAUGUGUACAUAAAUAAUAAUUAAAGUUUGAAUUUUAAUAAUAUAGAUAAAUACUCAUUUUUUAUGUGAGUAAUUCGUCAAAUAAAAAAUAUCUUGAUAAAGUAUACAUAUUGAUACUUUAUAGUAAUUUUCAACACUUAAAUUAGAACUUAGAUUUGCUGGAUUUACUUGUCUUUAAGUUAAUAUUUUAAUACUCAAGUCAUUAUCUAUAAUUACCAACAUUUCAUUAUAUUAAAUAGCAUCUCCGCGUUUUUCAAAUCGCGCUCGAAACUAGUUAAAAGUAAAAUUGAUUAUUUACUUUGACAUCAACUAUCAAGAAUAUUUAUAAGUCGAAUAAACUAGCUAUUUUUUGAGGUUUCCUUUAUGCUAAUGGAAAAAUACUAUUACAAUAAUAUUAUACUCAAGAUCGUUUUUCAUUAGCAAUGGUUUAUCGUUGCGUACUGAUAUUAACUAAACUAUUCUAAAAAUCGUUCAUUCCUCUUAAAUCAACGGCACAUGCAUCAACAGUCUUUUAUAGUUUUAUCUCUUUUAAAUUCGUAUUUUGUAAUUAUUUUUUAGUCUGAUAUGAAUUUCUAUCUAUUAUAGAUUAAAUAAUUCUUAAAUUCUUAUGUAGGCUCGACAAAUCUUGAAUUUGUUUUUUUAUUCCUAAAAAAAAUAUAUAUAUAUAUACUGAUAAAAAACUAUUUCAAUUACGUACAAUGGAUGAAACUCGUUGUUUAUGUCUAUUGCAGUAUUUAUUAUGUAUAUUUCUUGUGACUCUCUCUAGACAAAAUGAACUUAACUCGGGAAUUAUAGUUCUCUUGUCAGGUGUACUGCAAUGAUAAAAGUUUGAUUUAAAUACGAAAUCCAGCCGGAAGUACCCAGCCGAAAUAUUGAACCGGAAGUGGGUGUUUUUUAGACUUUGAAUACCCCUAAACAGAUCCCAAAAAGAAGUUCGAGUAGUGAAAUGCUGUAUAUGCGUGCUGUUAAUAUCAAUAAGGAUAUGCUUUUUAGGAGUUUCAACUACCCAUAAUAUCUUUCGCCCCUGCUCUUUUUAUACUCGAUAUAAUUUUUUUGGAAGUAGUAUUGUAUUGUGUUGCAUAGUAUAAUAAACUCGUAGUAUUUGGUUAUUUAUUGUUUUAUAUAUAGAAGUCAAAGAAUGUUUGUUUAAUGAAGAAAAAAAAAAUAGGUGACGGAAAAUUCAACUUUAUAUUCUAUAGUUCUUGUUUGCUGCUCAAAAGUGUAUUUUUUUAUGUUAGCUUGAGAGUAUUAUUCGAAUAAUAAACGUCGCUAUUAUCGAUGUCCGGACGGACAUAAUAAUAACCAGCAGCAGAAACCAUUCAGAAUAAUAAUAAUAGUUUAUUCUUAUCGUAGUAGAACAAGAAACGUAACGGUUUCGAUUUCGACAAGCGCAAAGUAGUAUUCGACUGAAAUCUCGGCCGUCUUCUUACACGUACACAAAUAUCAUUAUAUUGUAUCUAUACGCACAGGUUAGUAGAUUGGAAUAUCUUGUUAUUUUGACUUUGGGUAUAUAGUGUAUACCCAUGUGCAUCGUCACAAUAACGGUAUGUGCCAGACAACAAUCCGAUGAGACGUUGGAUUUGUUUUUUUUAGGGGUGGGGGAGGAAGGGAAACUGUAGGGUGGAGAUACUGCUGCUUUCGCCUUCACCGUCACAUAUGGUCGAAUUAUAUUAUGUAUCAGAGUGUUGUUUUUUCGAUUACACAAGCUAAAACGUUUGGUUACUUUCCUCCCAAAAUUUUGAUUGAUGGUUUUUUUUUUUUUUGCUUUUUUUUCUUUUGACAUGCGAAUCAUUCACACACUCACGUCCGUUGCUUGUGUAGUAUAUGUGCAUAGUCAUAAAUUGUUGUAUAAGCUUACGCGAUAUGCCUGCAUAUAUAUAUAUACCUAUGGUAAAACCAUCAGCAGGGGGUGAAAAUUUUUUUUUUAUAAGCCACAUCGGACGUAGAUGGAUAAGCGACGACGGCCCGUGGAUAUUGUGUCGUGUUGCCUACUAUAUAUACUAGUUGUAAUAAUACUCGUAAGAUAGAUUAUGUAUAAAAAUGAAAAAAAAAUAACAAUGAUGUGGGGGAGGAGAAACAGAAAACACGAUACCCUCGUGUGCAAACCCGCUACACGAUUAUUGUUUUACGUGGACCGUCAGAUAACGUACAGUAGUUUUUUGUGAUUUUCAUAGGAGGUAUAGCAUUGGUCGGCAAGCUACUCAUGAAUUACUUGCGGGUAAUUUAUUGCAGGUAACCAGUAAAUAACCAGUAUAUCAGUGUAUUCUUGGGUAAAUAAUUAGUGUGAUUAUUAAUCUACAGCAGUUCCCGAAUUCUGUUCCAGGAGUGGAACAAUUAUGUUUGAAUUCCAUCUCAGAGGUGGCUAAAAGGUCAGCUACGUCUGAAUUACGUCCUUUUUUUUUUUUUAAGUAACUAUUAACUUUGUAUUUUGCACAGCCUUAGGAUUGGCAGCUCUGCUGGAAUGUUUAAUAGACUGAAAUAACUUGCAGAAAAAGAUUAGGACAAUUGUUAAAUGUGACUUAUGAGUAUUCAUCCAAUUUUUUAUCCCUGUUGAAAAAUAAAUAAUAAUAAAUAAAUAAUAAAAGCAUCGUUAAAAUACGUAAUAAAAGCAUUUCGUAAAUUUUCCGGGUUUCCUACGUUUUUUCUCGGAUUUUCCCAAUUAUUAUGAAAACCAAAUAAAAAUCGAAAAAUAACCACCCUAAAGUACUAUCAUAGGAAAUUUCUUUUUAGAAAACUUGCUACACUUGAAAAUCUGAGCAAGAUUUUUGAUAAAAUUUGUGUACACAGUAUAUUUAUGUAUACAAGAUCGUGAUCCAUUUAAGUGGGUACACUCAUCUCGGAAAGUAUUAAUAUUUUUGAAAUGUUCUUGGUCUUGAAAAUUUAAAAAAUAAGCAGCUCUAUAAUUGUAUAUUUAUGUUUAUUUUUCACCCUUAUUUUUGGGGUAAAUCCACCACCUAUGUUUAAAUUUCAAAUGACAACCUAUAUUAAAAAUUCCAUAAUUACAGAUUUCGUUUUAGUUAAAUUAAAUUUUAGUGUUCAAGUUUUUGAUUUCCAUCAAUCCGUUGACGAUAUAUUCCACUAUUAAUUUUGUAUUGGAGGAGAAUAGUGGAGUAUAAUUUGUGUGGCAGCAUGGCAAGUGGCAUGUUAAUAAUGCACCAAAACUCUCAUUCAACCCAAAAUUAAAAGUGAAACAUGUCGUUAACGGAUUGACGGAAAUCAAAUAUUUUUUACACUAAAAUUUGUUUUAAUUAAUGCUUUAAUUUAAUUUAUGGUAUUUUUAAUAUAGGUUGCUAUAUGAAAACCAAAAUUAGGUAGUGGUUUUGCCCCCAAAAAUAAGGGUGACAAAAAAUAACACAAAUAAAAAAAUUGUAGAGUGGCUUGUUUCUUUAAUGUUCUAGAAAAAAAAUUCUGAAAAAAGUUAAUACUUUCCGAGAUAAUGAGUGUGCCCACUUAACUUGAGCACCGGUAUAUGUAUAAAAACAUAAUAAACAUUUUAAAAUCAAUACACUCCUCACUUUGCUCAGAAUCUAAAAUGAAAAAUAAAUGUAUAAUAAAUUUCAAAAAUUGGAGUUUUCCAUAUUUUUUGUGGUGAAAUUUUGGUGCUCAUGACAUUAUUUCUUCUACUAUUGAUGUAUAUAUAUAUAUAAUUUUAUUAGAUACUACUUUGUAUUAUAUUUUAAAUUAUCCGAGUAUAUAUGCUAUGUAAUAGUAAAUAAUGUGUUUAUUUUUUUUACAUGGUUUGUUACAUUUUUCACUCGGUCGUAUACUUUAUCAUUGAACAAAAAAUUGUUAAAGAUAUUAACAAAAUAUUACGAUAUAUAUGUUGGUUUUAGUUUUGUUGAUUUUUGAUUGAAUUGCUAAGUUACAAGGGAAAAUAACACUACUGAUAUAUUGCCAGUUUACUGAGCUCCGUUCAGAAUCGUUUUUUUUAUUGCGAUGGUUUACCCUUAAGUCAAACAUUUCCAAACUCUCUACUUACAACAUUGGCCUAUCUGUUUGUUAUACUUCAAGUUAUAAUAAAUGUAUACACUAUAACAGAAUAAACAGAAAUACGUAUUACGACGGAAUACAAACCGAAUGAGUGAUGUAAUCGAUCACGCGCGGUUGGCAUAAUAUUAUUGUCGUUAUACUGGUCCUAAAAUAAUAAUACAAUAAUAUAUUAUAAUAUUUGUUGGUUCAUGUGAUAUUGUGAUAUACGCUACAACUAUGACAAACUAUCACUAUCGCUAUGUACAUGUUUACAGAUCAUUUUUAAAAAGUUAAUAAUGCUCACGGGUAAGCCAUUGUUGUAGGUUAGUAGUUGUAAAUUUAGGAUAUACAUGGUAAUCUAGUUUAUAUAUUAUAUUGUAAGUAACGAUAAAUUACUGUAAACGAAAAAAUGAUCCUGAGCGAAGCCGUGUACAAGGGAAAAAACCUUUUUUUGUCAAAGUAAUAACAUAAAAAUCUAUACAAAUUAAACAACAAAUUGUUCAACCACGGCCGUAUUAAAGCUAAACAAAUAUUGUGUACUAAAUGCUUCGAGUUCUUAGAAAAUUUAUACAGUUAGAUGAUUCUAUUUCAUAUUCGAUAUUAUUUAUUAUGAAGAACGUAUUAUAUAAACCCUUUACAGGGUGAUUAUUUUGUUACUGAACAUUCAUUAUUUCGCAAAGUAUUGAUUUUUUUAAAAAAAUGUGUUGACAAUAUUUAAGAAACCAUGAUUAUCUCUAAAAUGCUAUAUUCCCAUUAUUUUACGUCUGUUAACUUUUGACUUUAAAAUCGUAGGCUACAUUAAAAAUUCUAUAAAUUAAUAGAGUAUUAGUUUAAAUAAAUGUAAGUAUUGGAAUAUUUGAUUUCCGUUAGCCUAUUCACGAGAUAUUUCAAUUUUAAGUUUGAGUGUGGGGAAAUAGCGGAAUAUAUUAUUUGUAUGGUAGCACAGCGCGUGGAAUUAGAUAGAACACACACACUACCACAAAUAUCUAGGUGUUAUCCUAUUCACUUAAUUUUAAAGAACACUGCGCUGUCUUAAAAUGGAAAAUAUGCACCAGAAAUAAUCUAUUGCGAAAAUUGGUUAGCUUAAAAUGGGGAGCAGUUGGAAUCUCAGCACUAGAUCUAUGCUUCUCGAUGACCGAGUAUGCAUGUCCAGUAUGGGAUAGAUCAAUAUAUACUAAGCAAAUUAAUAUUGCGCUAGAUGAGACCGUUCACUUUAUAACAUGCUGCUUAAAGCCAACACCAAUACACAAACUAUAUCUUUUAUCAGAAAUAGUGCCAUCACAUAAAUCCGUAGACAAAUUGAAGGGCUUGGUGCAACAACCAGAUAAAUACAUUUUUUCCGAAAAUGCACUUUUUCAUUGAUUAUUAUGUAGGAACAAAUUACCUACAUUUAGGUGCAAUAACCAUCUAAAUCCGAUAAAUAAAUAUAUAGUUUUUGAUGAAAUUAAAUUUAUCUUGUUUUUGUUUUUGGUGCAACAACUAGAUAACUCCGAAGUUAUCUGGUUUCUGCCCCAAAUAUUGUGGUCACACCAAAUGAUAUUAUUCUUUUUGGGUAUUAUUAAUAGAAUUAAAAGGUGUCAAAACAUUUUUUUUUCUAAAUUUUCAUUGUUUAAAAAAAAAUUAUUUUUAUUCAUACUGAACAAUUUUAAAAAAUGGAUUUAUCUGGUUGUUGCACUAAAUACUUCAAUUGCUAAUGGCAUAGAACAGACGAAUCAGAUUUUGGAUGAAAGACACCGAAUUUAUAAUACACAAUUGUAAGGUUAAUAAUAAGCCACUCUUAAAACUACCUAUUUAUACCAUUAUUUAUUUAGCAUAUUGUUCCAUAUUUUUAUUUUAUUCUCAUUAUCUUGUUUUAAUUUGUUCUUAAUUUAUUAAUUAUACUUGUUGACUUUUUGACUAACUAAUAUUAUGGUGUGUUAUCUAUAGUUUAUGUAUAAUGUUAGUUAAAAUUAUAAAUUUAAUUAUUUUUAAAAUGAUCUGUUCCCAGAUUUGUAAAAAAAAAAAAAAAACGGUGGGCGGAGUUUGGAUAGCAUUCCACUAUAUACUCUUCUCCUAUCUAAACUUAAAAGUGGUGUAUCUCGUAAAUGGAUUGAAUAAAAAAUGUCAACACCAAAAUUAAUUUAAACCAAUACUGUAUAAAUGUAUGGAAUUUUUAAUUUAGGUUUAUUUUAAAAUCAAAAGUAGGUACCUAGUCUAAGGCCAAGCGCUUUUUGUUUGGUAUAAUUAGUUUAUUUUACGUCACGUUAGUCGAUGAAUCAUUGAUAAACAUUAAUAUGAUAAAGGAAAUUAUACUGAUAAUAUUAUUACGAUAAACAUGCAGUGUACACAUACAUAAAAAAGAAAUGUUUAUAGUUUUAUUUUUGGCACGUUGUCGUUUGUUUUUGUUUUUUUGCAGCACCCGGUCAAAAUUUGCGCAUGCGUCGCAUGAAGACCGUACAUCGGGGCCAGGUCAACAUAUCCUGCACGAUUUCUAAAGUAUUUCCCAUACCACAGAUACAAAUGUACAUCGUCGUCGAAUCCAAUGGAACAACAAACAGGUAAAUUACAUUUUUCUUUUGUACCUACAGAUAUUAUAGACUUCAGUGCCGUAUUUACGGGAAGGAGGGAGAUUAGGAGAUAUAUCUCCCCCAUAGACUUUUUUCUUUGUUACCUAUUAUUUACAAGACCACUUAUUAUUAAAUUUAAAUUUAUUUUUAUUUAAGUAAGAAAAAUAAAAAAUUGAAUGUGUUGGCACCUAUAAUGAAUGGUUAAAAAAAACCCUGAACGUAUACUUUUUCUUUUUUAAAUCGAAACCGAGAUAUAGGUUUAACUAUAAUAUUAUACUAUUAUACGAAGCAGAUUAAAUUAGUAUAGGUACACACCUAAAUAGUAUAUACAUUAAUAAUAAUUAAUUAUCUAUAGGUAAACUUUAUUAUUCAAGUCCAAUGAAAAUUUUGCACAGUUUGAAUUAUAAAUUACUUACAAAAAUAUUUUAAUAUUUUCAAAUAUAGUGAAAUCUGUCUUAACAAAUACCUGCACAUAACGAAUACCUCUCUUAACGGACAAAAUAAUAAAGUCUCGGCAAAAAGAAAGGCAUUCCAAUGUAUUUCAACCUGUCUAUAACGGACUCUUUCUAUUACGAACACGAACAGUAAUGAUUUUUCACCAAUACCUCGAUAUAACCAGGAAAUAACCAGGAACACGUGUAAAACGUAGAGACUUCGUUUUCAUUUUUUCUUGCAAUGCUACCUCCCGUACCUAUCUAUUAUGGACACUUGUCUAUAACGGACAUUUUUUAUAGUUCCGUAAUUGUCUAUUAUAUACAGGUUUGACUGAAGUUCUAUCUUUUUUUUAUUAGCCUUGGCACAAUUUAUACAAUAUGCUACAAUUUCUAAAUUCAAUAUAUUCUUCCUUAGUAAAAUUCUAAAAACACCAUUGAUAUCAAUAUAUAUAGCAUAAUUCAGGUGACGGUGUAUUCACCGUGGGAUAUCAUCACUGAUUCUCACUCAAGAUCACAGCUGGAUUGAAUUUUUAUUUUUGGCUGGGAGGUGUUAAAUUAGAUCAUCUAUUAUUUUUGUUAAAAACAUAAUUAUUAGUAUUUAAGUUGACAUAAUAAAUAAUACUUUUGAACCCCUUACUUCCAUAUUAUGUCUUGCAGAUCAUAUACAAGUUGUACUAAAAUUUGUUGAGUGAAAAGUAAAAAUAGUAAAAAGUAAACAUGAGUAAUAUUGGAAUUAUUAAAGUAUCAUUCUGGUUAUGGAAAUGUAUAGGUAGUCAAAAAUAACUUAAUAAACUUAUAUAAAUUCCAUGUAAGUAGAUACGUUAUCUUAAAUUCAAGUUUUGAAUUAUCAUUAUUAUUAUAUUCUAUUUUCGAAGUUUAAACUUAGUUUUAUUAUAUAUUUCAGUUGACUGAGGUUGACUUAGCAACCUAAAAGUACUUAACACAAAUUACGAGUUUAAACUAUUAUAAUUGUAUAUAUUUAUAUAUAUUAUAUAUACAUUCUAUAACUAUUAUAGAAUACCCAUUGUAAAUACUACUAAAUAUGCAUACAAUAAAUUAAACUAAACAAUAUUAAAAUAAUUUUUGGUUUUUCAUUUAUAACAAUUAUUUAAAACACGAAAAGUUGUUGAUAAUUUGAAAAAAACUAUACACAUCUGUGUAUAAUAUUUAUAUAGGUAUAGGCUACAAUCUACCAUUAUAAAUAUUAACACUUAGCUUUAUUCAACGCAUUAAAAUAGUAAAGUUCAACAUAUUUUUAGAUCGCAGGGUGUGAAUUUAACAGUCCCUCUCCCCAAAAAAGCUGAUACUAAGAAUGGAUGUGCCAUUGUUGUGGGUGAAAGCCGGAAAAAAAAAUCGGAGAAAGAUUCUAGUAGAAAAGUUGUUGUGGAAAUGACAGAAAUUAUGAAAUUAUUAAAAAAUUAUGGUAAAAUUAUAUAAAAAAUUAUACAAAAAACAGCACGGAAAAGUAAUAGAGAAAUUAAUAAAAGAUUGACUUAAUAAUAUAAUACUGUUUCCGAAAAAAUCAGUGAAUUCUAUUAAGUAUAAAAAAAGCAGGGACGGAAGUUGAUAUAGUCGAAAUUCCUAAAAGUUACAUCCUUAUUAAUAUUAACGACACGCAUAAACAACAUUUCUCCGCUCUAGCUUCUUUCCGGGAUCUGUUUAGAGGUGUUCAAAGUCUAAAAAACAUCCACUUCCGGCUCAAUAUUAUGCUGAAUUUCGUAUUAAAUUCAAUCUGACUUUUAUCAUCGCAGUUCACUUAACAAAAGAACUUUAAUUCCCGAGUUGAGUUAGAGAUCAUUUUGUCCGAAGAGAGCCAUAAGAAAUAUACAACAAGAUAUACAUAAUAUACACAGCAAUAGACAAAAACAACGCGUUUCAUCCAUUAUACGUGAUUGAAACAGUUUUUUAUUAUUAAUAUAUAUAUAUAUAUUUAGGAAUAAAAACAAAUUCAGGAUUUUUCUGGCCUACAUAAGAAUUCAUGAAUUAUUUAAUUCAUAAUAGAUAGAAAUUCAUAUCAGGCUAUAAAAUAAUUACAAAAUACGAAAUUAAAAGGGAUAAUACUAUAAAAGGCUGUUACUGUUAAUGCAUGUGUCACUGAUUUAGGAAGAAAGUUGAAAUGAACGGUUUUUAGAAUAUUUUGUUAAUGUCAGUACACAACGAUAAACCAUUGCUAAUAAAAAAUGAUCUUGAGCAUAAUAUUACUAUAAUAUAAAGGUAAUCCAGAAAUGAAAAUAAAAUAGCCAGUUUUUUUGAUUUAUGAAGAAUAUGUUUAAUAAACGAUAUAAAAUAAUGUCUGUUUUUGCGUCCCAUCGGUCUCCUCCAUACUAGAAUAUUAUGUUAUAGUUAUAUCGUCGGCUACACAAUAAAACUGUUGCAAGAAAACAGUUACUAAGAAAACUACAAGGAAAAUCAAAAAAUGACUACCUCAAAGCAACAAACAAGAUCAAAAAUUCCGCAAAAAUGUUUACAUUAAGUUUUUGAUUGAAGCUAGAUUUUUGAUGAAAAAGUGGUUUACUGACGUAAAUAACUUCUUAUGAGGUUUUGCUGGGUAACCGAAGAUAUAUCUACUUAUGAUACCUACUUAUAACACUAGAAUAUAGUGUUUGUCGCAAGUGUAGAAUGUUUUAAUUAGUUAUCCAUUUAAUCAGUAAGUUAUUCUCGUAAUGUGCAGACAUUUACGAGGGAAAAAAAUCAACGACGCUAAAAAGUAGGGAAACUUCGAGACAAAGUCGGGAAUCGACGAUAAAUCACGAUGUCGUCGCUUAAGCUUCUACACUCAGUAUUGUUGACCGUCUAUACAGUAAAUUCAAAUAUUGAUGAGAUACGCCCUAUACGCGAUUUAUAUAAAUUGUCGUAACCAAUCAAAACGUAUAUAUAUACGUAUAUACGGAAAAUGGAAAACGCACAACUACAGCAGUCGUAUGUAAUAUAUAUAUAUAUAGACGAUCGAGGGUUGCAAACUAUAUAUAUAUUCGCACGAUAAGUAUAAUUUUUACACCCUCGAAAUUUUCACAGAGUACAAGAGCAUCGAGCAGUAUUAAAAACUUGAAACGCGAUAUCGUUGGAAAAAAAUAUCACCGUUUUGACGAUUUUAAUUCUUUUACCGAAAACGUUUUAGAUGCAAUAUAAUAUACCUAAUGGUUUUGUUGAGGCUGUGUAAACGUUUCGAAGAGUUUCCUAUACGGUAACUUAAUAUAAUAAUGAAUGUAAUUGAACACGUCAUAAUAUACUUGAAUAUAAACUUUAAAGAGGUAAUAUUUAUCGGGAUUGUUUAUUUCGCAUUGUCAAUAGCCAGACAAUUGCGUUUAACUGAAAAAUGCUGAAGAUAGUAGUGACACAUUAUAGUAUAAUGUGUAUUAUACUAUUAAUUUUUUAUAUUUUAAUAUUUAUACUGAACUGCAUAUGUUUAAUUGUUUUAUAUUUUUUUUUUUUACAUCAGCAUAUUGUCUUGACAACAUUUUAUAUAGAAUGUAAAAUAUUAUCUGAUCUGUGAGCGCAAGUCUAUUAUUAUAAACAAAUAAAUAAUUAUAAUCAAGGUGUAAAAAGCUAUCCUAGGAUAAUGAGGACGGGCGCAGCCACUGUUGUAGGUAGGAAGUUUGGGAGGUCGAAUACAGACGAGAAUUUAAUGUAUAUCUCUAAAUAAUGAUAAACCAUUGUUAACGAAAAAACGAUUCUGGUCGAAGUUUAAUUAAUAUAGUAAUGGAUUUUCAACAAUAUAUAUGUUUUAUUACAGUGAAAUAAUAAAUAAGCAUUACAUAUUUUUUUAAUAAUAUUUGUUUAAUAUUAAUCCGAUUUCCCCGUUUUUCCUACGAUUUUCUCGGUUUUUAAAUUUCCUGAGAAAACUCUUAGGGAGAAAAUCGAAAAAUGACCAGCCUAAAGUACCUUUCCAGUCAAAUUUCCUCUAAGAAAAAGUGCUGCCACUAUAGAUCGGAGCAAAAUUGCUAGUAGAAAAGCUGUUCUCAAGAAAAAUAUAAACAUCUUUGUAAAAUCAUAAUAGCUUCUUCGCUCACUCAGAAUCUAAACAAAAUUUAAAAUGAUAACAGAAUUAUUUGUAUACAUUUAUUUAUGUGUUUGCUCAAUUAUUAUGAAAAUUCCGGGGAAAAAUCAAAAAACAACUUCCCUAAUAUACUACCUAAAAAUUUCAUUCCAGAAAAGAUGCUACACUUAAAAAUCGCAGGAAGAUUUCUGGUAGAAUUUUUGUUCACAAUAUAAAAAAAAAAAAUUAAAAAAUAAACAUUAUUGUAAAACCAAUAUAUUUCUCGCUUCAAUCAGAACCUCUAAAAAUUGAGUGUAAUGUAGUGGGUAAAUUUUAGGAAAUCGUUUACAAUUGUGUCAUUUCAAAACAUGUUAACCUAAAAUUUACUCAGAAUCGUUUUUCAUUAUUGAUAAUAUCGUUGCAUAAACUACAUACAUAAAUAUUUAACUACUAUAUAUACCUUCCCAACCUACCACUAAUAACAGUGAUACAACCAUAAGGAGUAGCAGUCAUUUUUUUCAUUCAUUAUUUAUAUAACCACAAUAGAUUUGUAAGCCCAUUCCGUUUACAGUAUCUAUAAGAAAGUUUAAUUUGUUCAAUUCGUAGGUUUUAGUUAAUCGUAAUGAUAAUUAUAACGUUUCAUAAUUAUUAUGCAUACUGUUAGGCAUUAUUACAUUGUCACCAUAUUAUUAUAAAAAUAUUUCAUUAUUCAUUGAAUUUAUCAUCGUAUAUAAUCGAUCUUCGUGAUUUUCUGGACGUUCUCAAUUGUCAAGCUAGUAUUUUAAUACAACUAUAUUAUUAUUCUCGACUUUUUUUUCGGGGGAAAAAAAAUAGAAAGUGUCGUUCGAGUGGUUUAUUCAAUCCUGUCGAACCAUUUUAUUUUCGAUGAUGAUCACGAUGAAUUUCAUUUUAGUAUUAUUUUUUUCAACUGCAGCGUAUAUAAAAUAAUAAAUUAUCAAGUUAAAUUAAUAAACGUUUUUAAAUUUGAACUUUGGGUACAAACUGUACGUAUAAUAUUUAUUUAUUUUAUUUAUUAUUUAUUUAAAUUUCACGAUGACGAUAGACUAAAAUAAUUUUCCAAAAAAAUUGAAUUGAAUUUAAUUUUACAUUAAUUAACCUGUGUUGUACUAUGUUUUUUUGUACAAAACACAAAUAUAAACACAAUAUAAUAUUUUAAGAAGAACAAAUAAUAGUAUUUUUAAUUUUGUUUAAUCAGUUUAAUCAGUCUUCCAGUUGAAUAAUAUAGACUACAGAAAAAAAACUGAGAUUUCAUUAAAAUUCACAAAAAAAUUAUUGGCAAAAUGACAAAUAUUAACGGCAUUAAUAAUGUUUUUAUUGUUUAUAAUUUUUGCUUGUAACUUAUGUUUUUUUCAAAAAAUAUUGCUCUAAUAGAUAAACAAAAAGAAACUUUUUUUGUUGUAUCCUUAAUCUAGUUAGUAAGUAGUUUUUUUUUAUUUUCUCUGUAGUUGUAUUAAUAACUAGAAAAAACGGGGGAAAAAACGUAAAUUGGACACUGACAAAUAUACAGGCGUAAUGAUUUCAUUUUAAAUAGUCAUACUUUUUAUUUUCUACCAGAAAUAUUGCUCUAAUAGAAAAACAACAAGAAAUCUUUUUUGUUGAAUUUUUAAUAUAUUUGUAAGUCGUUUUUUGAUUCUCUUUGUAGAUUUUUUUAAUAACUGAGUAAAACCGAAAAAUAUUCUCCCCCUAUCUUAACUUAAAAGUGAAAUAUAUCGUCAACGGGUUAACGAAAUCAACAAUUCUGACACCAAAAUUUAUUUAAAGUUAUACACCGUCUAUUUAUGAAAAUUUUUGUAUUGGUUCUCAUUUAAAAAAACACUCUAAAAAAAGUAGGUACCACUACAGGAUAUUCUUUAAAUACUGUAAAAAAUCUAAGUAUACAAAAAUAUCAACUUUAACUACACUUAAAAAUUCCAAAAAACAGAAUUUGAAUAUAUUCAAAAUUUAACAAAAAAAAAAAACAAAAUGGAGUGAGCACGCUUAGUGAAUCAUCCUGUUUAUCAAUAUCACGAUUUUAAUGAACUUUUUAUAGUAACAAAGCAUACAAAAAACUGCCAGUCUAUCUGUCUCUCAGUCUCUCUGUAUUAUAGGAAUUCCGAAAUAAAAUACUUUGGAAUUAAGAGAAUUAAGAUUUUAACACUUUUACAAAUUUCGUCCCUAUUUUUGUAUAGUGUUUACAGUUUCAAGCGAUUUUCGUUGCACUGAAUUGGAAAAUAUGACAAUUGAUUUUUCGAAAUAACAUCAUCAUUUGUGUUACUUUACUCGAUUAUCCUAUGUACAGUGAAACCUCUUCUAACGGACACCUCUCACUAACGGACGUUUUUUUGUGAACGGGGAAAUUUUCACUACUUUUUAAUGGGAAAACUUCCGAAUAGCGGACAUUAUUUUAAUCUUAAUAUAAAAAUAGUGACAACAUGAUGAUACCAAAACGCAUUCACAUAGUAUGUACCCAAUUUCGUAAUAAUGUAAGAGCAAUAACGAACUCGAUAAGAUUACAAAUUGCGGACACCUAUAAGUUAUAACCUUUUAGAGUUCGUUUCAUUAAUACACAUAUUAUGUGCAUUAUUAAAAAUUAUUAAAAUUAUUAUAUCUUUAAAUCUACAUAAUUAGUAUAAUAUACAUAUUUACAUUUAUAUUUAUACUACAUUUUUAUAACAAUAAAUGUAUGUAAGGUUGCUAUUUAUGAAUGUUUUUCGAGUACAAAAUUAUUAUUUUUCUUCUCGAUAAUGAUGUUCCGAGAAAAAAAAAAAUAUCUAACAUAAGACUACAGUAAAACAUAUACAGUGAAAUCUCUGAAUAGCGGACACCCUUGAUCACCGAAUUUUUGUCCGCUAUUCGGAGGUGUCCAUUAUUCAAAGGGUAAAUUAUUGAAAUUCAUAAAGGACAAUGUGUAAAAUAAAAACAUUUGCGCUAUGUUAAAUUAAAUUAUGAUAUUGUUAUAAAAAUGUAAUAUAAAAUAUAAAUAUAAUUGUGUUUAUUAUACUAAUUAUGUAGAUUUAACGGUAUAAUAGUUUUCAUAAUUUUUACUAAUAUUCCUAAUAUGUACUAAUAAUACGACGUGUAUUAAAAAUAUGUAUUAAUUAAACUAACUUUAAUAAGUAUCCACUAUUUUAAUUCUUAUCGAGUUCGUUAUCCUUCUCACAUUAUUAUGGGAGUAGGUACAUACUAUGCGAAUGCGUUUUGGUACCGUCAUUUUGUUACUUAAUUUUGAUUAAGAUAAAAAUAGUGUCCACUAUUCGGAGGUUUUUCUACUGAAAAGUAGUGAAAAUAUUUUCACUCCCAAAAAAUUGUUCUCUAUUGGAAGAUGUCCGCUAUUAGGAAGUAUCUAUUAGAAAAGGUUUUGCUGUAAAUAACUUCCUCAUACUUGACUCAAAAGGAAGGGGCUAUAUUUCCCCUGAAAGUAAAGUUCCUGAAAAGUAAGAACCCUUAUCACAAUGUCCAGGAACGAACGUACAUUUCCGGAAAGUAAAAACCCAGACCGUACAAUGCAGGAAAGUAAAACGCCGGAAUGUAAACUUUCGGAACGUAGGAUCCUGGAAAGUAAAAAUCCAGACCGCGAUGUUUCAGAAUGUCGGAAAUUCCGGAAUUCCGGAAAUUAAUAAAACGGACCGGAAAGUAAAUACCCAAACUUUACAAUUCUGGAAUCAUAAUAUUACGGAAAAAAACCGUUGGUUUCUCUGGAAUUUUUUUCUGUUAAGAACUUUUCUAUCAAAAAUUUUGCUCCGACCAAAAAAAGAUAAAACACCUUUUUUUUUUUUUUAAUAGAGAAUGUUAUUUAGUCGAUGCAUUGAAGAUGUAUUUUUUAUUUUCUUUGUGAUUUAGUUAAUUGUAUAAUUUAUGUUAUUUUGUUAUUACACUGGUAAACACCCAAUAAUUUAACACUAAUUAUAAUAUUAGCUAUUACUUAAUAUGUAUAAAGUCUGAUAUUACAUACUGGUGGUUUUAUAUAAGAAAAUUUUAAAUAAUUAUAUAUAAAAUAAUAAUUAAAAAUUAAUGUUGAGAAUAUUAUUAAAAUCUAAUAAAAUCUAAACAUUUAUAAGACUGUUUUAUAAACAUCCCAAAACCUAUACAUCCAGUAUAUUUUAAUCCAUUACUUCAGUAGCCUAAUUCAGUAUUUCAGUAUGCUUUAUGGUAAUUCCACGUGGUGGUUAUAUUGCCGAUGAAAAAAAAAUUGUACAAUAUAUUUUAUUUUAACUACCAGGGCACAAUUAGGAUUUUUUUUGGGAGAAGGGGGUCUUAAGGACUAUAGUCUCAUUUGAAUUCAUUGUGUCUUUGUUCGUCCUAACCUAACAAAAGUAUUAUGUGAAAAUUGCAAGUUUUUUCGAUUAUUUUUAACCAAUUACAACAAAAAACCAAUAUAAUAAAUAAUGAAACCGUUAGUACUCUCCAAUUUUCCUUAAUUAUUAUGAAAACUAUGAGGAAAGUCAAAAAUCUUCUUAUGCACCAACUAGAUUCAAAAUGCUACAAAAAAGCUCUUAUAAUUUUUUGAAUAGAUAGUAAUUUCUGUUUACACAAGAAAAAAAUAAAUAUUGUAACUAAUUUGGGAAUUAUUUUUUUUUAAAAUUUUUUUGGAAAUAUACGUCCCGAAACAUUGUGGUCCGGGUUUUUACUUUCCGACGGUUCCGGACCUUAUACUUUCCGAAAAUGUACAUUCCGGAUUAUUACGGUACGAGCCUUUAAGAUUCCGGAAUUUUUCUGUUCCGGAUAAUUACGAUUCACUGCUCAAAAUCUAAAAAUAUCUAUUGUUAUAAACUAUAUUAUUCUAGCAGAUUGAAUUUAUACAUACUGUUUUAAAUACUUAAAAUUUGAAAUUUUUCAAAAAAACUAAUCUCACGCAAUUUUAUUGCCGAUUUUAAAGUAAGUUUAGGUUAAGGUUAAUGUUUAAAUAAGCUUAUACCAUGUUACUAUUGAAAAUAUAAAUUUCGGUAGAAUUAAUUUCUGUACUAUAGUAGUAGUAGUAGUAGUGGUUAGUAGUACAAACAUAUAUUUGAUUAUUAUAAUUUUCUAUUUUCAGAAAUGAAUCUUUGCAAAUCACCAUGUUGGAUUAUCAAAACGACGACGCAUUUGACGUCACAGUGUCAACUCUCGUUCCUGAAUCGGAAAUAUCAAGCCAAUCA